AUGUUUGAAUUUAAUGAAGAUAUUAAAUUAGCAGCUGAUGAAGCUGCAGAAGGAAUUUUUAGAAAUUACACACCCGAACAUCGUCUUUGUUUACAUACACAUAGACACGAAUAUAUUGAAGCAGGGCAGGCUAGUACUUUGGAAUUUAUUGAAGGAUCUAUUAAAUUUGUUAUGAAAAGACUUCAAUCAACUAAUUCAAAAAAUAUUGCAAUUAUAUUUUUUGGUAGUGAUAAAAAUUUUCUUUAUGAAAUUGAGCCGGAAGACGGGCAUAAUAUUUAUAUUCCUUCAAUAAACAAUAAUUCUGUAUAUCUUUAUUUUGGAAUUAAAUAUUGUGAUUCUUUAAUUAUUACAGCCCCAUGUUCUAGCUUUGCUUGGUGGAUGGGUUAUUUAAUGCCAGAAAAUAAAAAUGGAAAUAUUUUUUAUAAUAAUUGUGAUGGUUAUUGUAAAUGUAAUGAACAAUUUGUUCAAAAUUAUUUUAUGCCAAAUUGGGUACCUUUACACAAAAAUAAAACAGAUGGAGUUAGUAUUUAUUAA